GCCGGCCCUGCUCCCGACGGCCAGCCCCUCCCUUUGCUUCGCCUGCUCCACCGCCGCCAGCGACAGCGCGUCCACAGUGAAGGGCGCCGCGCCGCGCCGCGCACACCAUGCCGCACCGCGGCACACUUAGUGCUCUCUUUCUGCUCUCUGUCGUCGUCGCGCUGAGUGACGCGCGCAGCACUCAAACCACGCCGUCGCGGACGUCGCGGACCAGCAAGUACCGCGAUGUGUUCGUCCAGACGGGCGUCGGCCCCGCGCCCCGGAUCAUCGGGGGCUUCGACGCCGAGCCGGGGCAGUUCCCUUACCAGGUGUCGGUGAGGUCCAAACUGAGGACGGCCAACUGGGGCCACUUCUGCGGCGGCUCCAUCCUCAACGACACCACCAUCAUCACGGCGGCACACUGCAUGCACAAUGUGGCCGGCACCGACAUCGGCGACCUGUACAUCGUCGCGGGCAGCAACCUGCUGAGCUCAGGCGGCGUCCAGAUCUUCGUCAAGCAGAAGAUAGUGCACCCCGACUACGGCCCCGUCUACAACGACUACGACAUCGCGCUGCUCAUCCUGCAGAAGCCUCUGACCCUGGACGACAAGUACAUCAAGGCGGUGGAGCUGCAGGACGUGGAGAACCUGCCGGCGGGGUAUGACUGCGUCGCCACUGGCUGGGGCACCACCGUCCAAGGGUCCCACACGCUGCCCGACAAGCUGAAGGGCGUCAAGGUGCCCAUCAUCGACUACGACACGUGCGCCGCGUACUACGCGGAGGAGCAGGACUACGAGCCCAUCAUCGAGACGCAGAUCUGCGCCGGCUUCGAGGAGGGGAGGAGGGACGCCUGCCAGGGCGACUCCGGCGGCCCGCUCGUGUGCCAGGGCAAGCUGACGGGCAUCGUGUCCUGGGGCGCGGGCUGCGGGCUGGAGCGCUUGCCGGGCGUGUACACGGACGUGGCCUUCCUGCUGGACUGGAUCGGCGACCCCGGCGUCCCCGACAACACCGACAAGCCCAACGUCAGCGCGGCCACGACCACGACCGCGCACUCCGGGGCCUGGGCCCUUGCGGUGUGCCUCCUCGCUGCGGCGAUGGCGUAGGGGCGGGGGCGGCCGCAGAGCAACGGUCUGACUUCCCGUGAGCUGUUGACGGCCACACCGGGAAGGGAAGGCGGCGCGCCCUGUCCCACCUUCCAAUCAUUCUUUACUUGUAAUUUGUGUAACUAAGACUGCUGACUUGCUCAAGGUGAAAUUUGUAGACGCGAGUUGUAAUAAACCAAUUUUUUUACGCCCUUAA